UUAUUAUGCAAUCAUAAUCUGCUUAUCCUUUCAUUGAAGAUCCACUUCCCUUUCCUCUUUUUAAUUAAAACUUCUUUAGCGAGUUUUCUUAAACACCUAAACUUAUAGGAAGCCUCAAUCAAGAAAUGCUACAUCUUAAUCACAAAUGCUGUUACAAAUGGCUAAAUUAACCAAGAGAUGAAUGGAAUUUUGAAAACGAAAUAAGAAUGCUUGUCAUAACUUGGAACAUGCAUGGUAUGAUUCCAAAACAUUCAUUAAAAAGACUUUUCAAUAUUGAUAUUUUGCAUCAUGAUCUUAUAGUUAUAGGAACCCAAGAAUGUUAACGUAGCAUAGUUACAUCUUUAUUUUGUGAAUCAAAAAGUGAAUGGGAAGUAAAAUUGCAGAAUGAAUUAGGAAAAACUUAUUUUAAAGUUUAAUCAGCAACACUGAAUGCCAUGCAUAUUAUUGUCUUUGCUCAUAGAUCUUUGAUACCAAGAAUAAGUUUUAGUAAAUCCUAUACUCUCUCUUAAGGAUUUAUGGGAAUUGUAGGUAAUAAGGGUGGAAUUGCAGUAUCAGUAAAUAUCAAUGACAAAAUCUAUUUAUUUGUUAAUAGUCAUUUAGAAAGUGGACAAAAUUCAGAAUCAAAAAGAUAGACUUAAUUUUCUAAAUUGGAAAGUCAUUUUGAAAAUUUAGUCUUUUCUAAUCAUAAUCAAAUGGAAUAUGAUUAUCUUAUAUGGACUGGUGAUUUCAAUUCUAGAAUUGAAGAAAAUAUUACAUCUUAAACAAUAAAAUCUCACUCAGAUUUUUUUGGUUGGUUAGGAAAAGAUUAAAUGUAUCUUAGUCGUCAUAAUAAAUUAAGUAAUUUUAGUUAAUACUCAAGACUAUUAAUCUUAAUUUUAAGAAGGAAUGAUAUUUUUUCCACCAACUUACAAAUUAAUAGAAAAUUAUAAUUCAUGGGCAGUAGAUUAAGAUUUUAGAAUACCAGGUUGGUGUGAUAGAAUUAUCUUCAAAGAAAAUAAAAAAAUGUCUAUACAAUCUACAAUCAAUAACUUUAAUGAAAUGACAAGUAAAUUAAAAUUGUAAAAUUAUGAUGCAAAUUUCGAUGUAUUAGGAAGUGAUCAUAGGCCAG